GCAGGUUGAAUCCAUGUGUCCGGAUGGCGGAACAGCUUCCACAGGGAUGGGAAGUUGAAACAGUUUGUAUUAGCGAGAGCACUAACGGAAUGCGCUCCACGCAAAUUGCGGGGAACGAAAGAUCAAUGGGUGUUGUGUUAGAAUCGGAAAAGACCAUGUUUGAUCUAAUGGCGGAGGACUCGACAUGUCGUUCCAAUGACCAAAACCUAAAAGCCUUUCACUAUUUGCCAAGCCCAACCGAGUAUAUGGCGUAUUCUACAUCUCGAUUCCCACGCUGCCACGAAUUUCCACUCACGUUAUGGCGUUGAAUUACAAGAUUUAAGGGGCGCCCAUUAAGGUACACCUGGUUCUCAUCGUCACUCUUAGAAUAUUCCUAUGAAAUGAAGAGUUAAGUAAUGUUUCCGAGACUCAGCGGUUUACAGGAUCACCAUCCAAUGAUGUACACGUAUAGAGCCUGCCAAUCACUUAGUCAAUACAAUCUAGAAAAGAAUGAAAAACUAUGGGUCUGUCUCGCUGAACUGAAAGAUUGUUCUUUUCUUGGGUGUGAAGUUUCAGAUCUUGAAUUCUGAUUUCUCGUACUGUUCUGGGCUUAAGAUCCAAUACCCACAGGCUAGAAUUCCAAAGCUGGGUCUUCAGAAUCCCGACUUGCAGAUUUAACAAAGGUCUAGUUAAUAUUUGUCUGAGCUGAUGUGAGAAGGAACGGUCGCAGAACAUGGGUUAUAAUGUUGGCAAGAUGCUGCGACAGAGGUCGUCCAUAUAUCGGCAGAGCCGGAUCCCAACAUUUUUUCUCGUCUUGCUUUUACUGCUGCUCCUCGUAUUCUUUUUCAGGCCUCGGUUAACGCUAGUGGUGCCGGGGAAUCGACAGCUAGAGCCUCCUUCAGUGGUGAAGGAGGACAUAAAGAAUGGUUUUAAGAACAAUACUGCCUCAGUCCCGCCCAUAUCUCCGCCUCCGCCUCCGCCUCUACCUCAGUCUCCGCUUUUGCCCAAAUCGGAAGUGAGGCAGAGCAUUAAUUGUUCGGUCAGAAGCACCUGCUCCACGUCUCGUCGAAUUGAAGGAGGAAUAAAAUGGGACCCUUUGACCAGGCCCUCCUGCCCGGCUUAUUUCGGGUAUAUUUACGAAGAUCUGAAGCCAUGGCGCACCAGUGGGAUCACGCUAAAAAUGGUAGAACAUUUCGAGAAGAAAGCAUCUUUCAGGUUAACGAUUGUAGAUGGCCGAAUGUAUCUCAUCAUUUACAACCAAUGCUUCCAGACGAGAGACAUUUUCUCUAUUUGGGGGUUUAUUCAGCUCAUGGAAUUCUAUCCCGGGUUGCUUCCCGAUUUGGAUCUGAUGUUCGAUUGUGUGGACUGGCCGAUAGUUAAGGCCCGGGACUACAGUGACGCCAAUCCCCCGCCUCCUCUGUUUCGUUAUUGUGCUGAUGACGUUACGCUCGAUAUCCCCUUUCCGGACUGGUCAUUCUGGGGUUGGUCGGAAAUAAACAUACGACCUUGGGGAGGGCUGCUCACUGACAUCCUGAAGGGCACGAAGAAGAUUAAAUGGGAAGACAGAGACUCGACGGCCUACUGGAAGGGCAAUCCUUUCGUUGCUGAUAUCAGGAAGGAUCUCUUGAAGUGUAAUGCUUCUGAAGGUCAGGAUUGGAACGCUCGCCUUUACAUUCAGGACUGGUGGAAAGAAGGGCAAGAAGGUUAUAAGAAAUCUAAAUUAUCCGACCAGUGCGAUCACAGGUACAAAAUAUACGUUGAAGGAUCUGCAUGGUCUGUGAGCUUGAAGAACAUUCUGGCCUGUGAUUCCCCAACCCUCAUUGUGAAACCCAUAUACCACGACUUUUUCUCAAGGAGACUGAUACCCCUGGAGGAUUACUGGCCAGUGGGACUUGACAGAAAGUGUGAAUCCAUUAAGGUUGCAGUUGACUGGGGAAACAAUCACCCUCGUGAGGCGAAGGCCAUAGGGAAGGCGGCUAGUGACUUCUUGAAGAACGAGGUGAAUAUAACAAAUGUGUAUGAUUAUAUGUUUCACCUUCUAAAUGAGUAUGCCAAGUUGUUGAGAUACAAACCAUCUGUUCCCAAGGGAGCCAAGGAGAUCUGUUCUACAUCCAUGUUUUGCUCUAGAAAAGACAGGGUUGAAAGAAGAUUUAUGAAGGAAUCUUUGGUUAAAACUGCCAGUGAAUCAGGACCCUGCAAUCUACCUGGUCCCGUCACUUUUUAUGAGUCCUUAAAGGACUGGAAUGAAAGGAAAGCCAAGGCAUUUCAAAAAGUUGAAGAAAUGGAAAGGGAAGCGAGGGAUGGUAACUUUAAAGGAGCAUAAAAUUUCGAUAUACUUACUUUCCAUGCUUGGAAAAGCUUAUUUGUAGUUUCGACUUUACAUGGAAACUUUGACUCCACACAGCCUUUCGUGAUUUCCGCCAACUCAAUCAGUGCAAUUAUCAGAUUCCUUCAUUUUUCUAAGAGGAAAGAUCUGAGAUGAGUAAAACAUUUUUUCUUAAAAAUUAGUUUCGACAUGA